AUGGCGUGCACAAUCGGCACGUCCAUCUAUGCCCGCAUCUCAUACUUUCAACAAGCGGCACCCUACCUGACGAAGGCCAUUGAGACUACCGAGGUCGACGGCAAUUCUAGCGGCUCUAAUCUUCCACACGUGUCGGCCUUAUCGAUCACGGCCUCGUCAUGA